ACUCCACAUUUCCACAAAACCUCAAGCCCUAUAUCCAUGGAGAGAAGGAAAUCCAGAGUCAGCCUCGACCCUUUAGCCACGGUGAAAGCAGCUGCAUGGGCUUGGUAUCAGCGUGGAUCAGGGUCUGAAGGCAAACCCAUAAGCGAGUUCCAGGUCACCAGGGCUUGUCCUGCUCCCAUACCCUCACGGUACAAGCUAGAAGCCAUGAGAAUGGCUGAAGAAGGUCCAGAGAAGGAGGGCUCAAGCGCAAGUUCCGCUACCUCUACUCCAAAUCUUAGCCAUACUUCUCUUCUUGAUACGUACGAAAUAGAAAGAAUCUCUCAGCAGCUUGAUUAUCUCAUAGAAACAAGCAGCAAAGGCAUCAGAACUGGCACCAACUUGUACAAAGGAAGCGGCACAAAUUCGAGGAAGGAGAAGAAGAAAUUGAAAGGGUUUUGGGCAAGGCAUGCGAUUGUGUGUGGCACAGAGGACGAUGUGUUGGAGACAAUAAGAGUUUCGGGGGGCGAUCGGAAGAGCAGGUGGCAGUGAUUAAGGCGGGGAGUUGCAGUUCACGAGGUGCCCAUGCCUGAGUGAAUUGGACCAUGUUGCAUUUUCGGUUGGGUCGUUGGCAAUUUAUUAAAUUUGCCACAUCUGCAGGACUAUGUAGUUUAGGGUGGAUUCCAAUUAUAGACCACAUUGAUCAUGCUGUGGGGGUUUCUUUCUUCACGCGUACAAUGCUGCAAACCUCUGAUUUGUACACAUCCGCAUUGGUGUGUUGGGUCAAGGAAAUAAAGCAAUAAAAUAUAGUUUCAUUCAA